AUGACCGAGCAGUCUCCUCACCCCCAGGCCAGUGGUGCCAGUUGGACCUCUUUCAUAAAGUCCAUCGCAUCCUUCAACGGCGACCUCUCGUCCCUCACCGCCCCACCAUUCAUCCUGUCCUCCACCAGCCUUACAGAGUUCAGCUCGUACUGGUGUGAACACCCCUCGGUGUUUGUUGCACCUGCAAAGGAGGCCGACCCUGCCAAGCGGGCCUUGUUGGUCCUGAAGUGGUUCUUGACCACGCUCAAGCAGCAGUACGCCAGCAGAAGUGAGCAGUAUGGCAACGAGAAAAAGCCGUUGAAUCCCUUCCUGGGAGAGCUGUUCCUCGGAACAUGGGAGGAUGCUGCUGGCACGACAGAGCUGGCCAGUGAGCAGGUCAAUCACCACCCUCCCGCCACUGCCUACAGCAUCACCAAUGCCAAGGCGGGCGUUCACCUCGAGGGCUACAACGCGCAGAAGGCAUCCUUUUCCAAGACGAUCAACAUCAAGCAGAUUGGUCACGCCGUAUUGACCGUACCCGACCCCUCCAAGCCCGGCCAGUUCGACACAUAUUUAAUCACCCUACCAUCGUUGCACGUCGAGGGCUUGCUGUUCGGGGCACCGUUCAUAGAACUGGAUGGUGCAUCGUACAUUACGAGCUCCACUGGCUUCACCGCCAAGGUCGAUUACAGUGGCAAGGGCUGGCUCAGUGGCAAGAAGAACUCGUUCACUGCUAUCCUACACCCUACCGGAAAGGAGAAGGAGGUUCUCUACAAUGUCUCGGGCCAGUGGACCAAGGCGUUUGAGAUCCACUCCGGAGCCGCCAAGCACAACAGCAGCAGCAACCUCAUCGAGAAUUGGGAUCCCACUACGGUUCCUACCAGUCAGCUCAAGGUUGCUCCCAUCGAGCAGCAACACCCACUUGAAUCUCGCCGCGCCUGGGCCAAGGUUGCCCAAGGCAUCGCUAUCGGAGACAUGGACUCCGUGGGCAAGGAGAAGACGAAGAUCGAGCAAGCGCAACGCACCAUGCGCAAGAAGGAACAGGAUGAGGGUCGGUCGUGGGAGAGGCGGUACUUCACAUCGGUCGCCAACGCGUCUGAUCCGACACUGGAGUCCCUCGCGGCCAAUGUGGGACUCAACAGCAAUGGAGAUGCAGACAAGACUGGCGGCCUUUGGCGAUUUGACCCAACCAAGGCGGAAAAAGUGAAGGCACAAUCGCUGAGUGACGAGGAGAAGUCAAAGCUGGCAGCAGAGUUGCUGGGCCAAUAG